AUGCAAACGCCUACAACGUCUAGUAAAAAGAAGAAAGUUCAAGAGAAAAAGAAGAUGGUUUCUCCAAAGGCAGCUAAACGAAAGUUGAUUAUCAGAUUGCCGAAAAGUACACCAAAGACAAAACAACCAUCACAACCACCAUUACCACCUAAAUCACCACACAAAUCACCUCCAAAACAACCAACUCCACCAAGACAACCCACACCACCAAUACAUCAAUCACCAUCACCACAUGUUUCACCACUACAUCUCUCACCACCACAACAACGAACCCUAUUCACAUCUCAAGAAAUCUUUCAAACACCACCAAUCUCACAACCUAUUGUUCAAACCACACCUGGUUCUUCAGGGUAUCGAGGAGACUUUGAUUUUGCAAACACCACACAAGUCAAAAAUGUUGAAAAGAAAGUUGAUGAAGUGAUAGCUAAAAACAAAAGAUUAGCUGCUGAGAACAAGAAAGUCUCUGAUCGUGAGAAAAUUCUUGAAAUGCGUGUGAAGAGACUAGAGACUAAUAACAAAGAAUUACUGAAGAAGAUUGACAAUGAUCAAUCAGAGAUUGAUAUCUUGAAAGUGCGAGUGGCUGAACUUGAAGAAGAAAAGGCUCGCAGGGAUGAACAGAAUAAAUAUUUCGAGAUGAAAAACAAAGAGCUUGAGGCUGCUAAAGCAAUGAAAGAGCAUGAGUUCUAUAUGUUAAACAAAGUUGUUGAAAAGAUGCUUGGAACGUCAAUAGAGCAAAAGUUUGAAGAGAUACAAGUUGAAGAUCUCAGGGCUAAACGCCAAGCUGAGAUUGAUAAACAGAUGAAAGAAAAAGGCAAAGGCGUUGAAGGUAGUUCAGCAAUGACAGAGAGAUCCAUUGUUCAUUCUUUGGUUGUUGAGAAUCCUGGUGAUGAUGAGGAAGAUGACGAGGAUGAGAAAGUCUUUUCGGCAAGCAGUCAUGGUUCUGAUAACGACGAUGACGAUGCUCAAGGUGGUAUGGGUAUAAAAGUGACUGAAGCUUCCAAGGAAAGAAAUGUUGAUGAUUUUCUGAAUGAUUCUGUGAAUGAAGAGUCAGGGGGAGCUAAAGGAAAGGGGGAGUCUGGUGAUACUCAAAAUGUUGAACAUUCUGAAAAGUUAAUUCUAAGAUUGGAUACUUACAGGGAAGAAGGUGAACACUUUCAUACGUAUACAUUGGAACAAUCAAAGAAAUGA